UCAAGUAUGGCUGAUGAAGACGAAAAAUAUGACGGGAUGCUUCUUGUCAUGGCGCAACAACAUGAAGGAGGAGUGCAGGAGUUGGUAAACACAUUUUUCAGCUUCCUUCGUCGCAAAACAGACUUCUUCACUGGUGGAGAUUCAGGUGCUGCAGAGAAGCUGGUAAAGGAUGCCUUUGAUCACCACUGUAAGCUGGCCCUGAAGGUCCACAAGGAGAAGCAGGCGAAACAGGACAAGGAGAAGAAGGAGAAAGCUGAGAGAGCGGCCAAGCUCGAAGAGGAGGAGAGGAAAAAGAAAGGAGAGAAUGGACCUCAAAUUCAGGAACUGACAGAUGAGGAAGCAGAGAAGCUUCAGUCUGAGCUUGACAAGAAAAAGAAGGAAGAGGAGAAAAUGAAAAAUGUGACGGAAAAUGAAGCAAAGACGGAAGACAAAGCCGAUAAGGAGAAAGGGCUCGCCGUGCCGUUCGACGUCAAGUUCCGGAUCAAAGGCAGGGACGUGGUGGUGGACAUCCAGCGGCGCUCCAUCAAGGUGGGCCUGAAGGGACACCCGCCCGUCAUCGAGGGCCAGCUGUACAACGAGGUGAAGGUGGAGGAGAGCUCCUGGCUCAUCGACGACGGGAAGGUGGUCACCGUCCACCUGGAGAAGAUGAUGUACGACCAAAGGCAGAAAUCCAUGGGCCUGCCUACGUCCGAGGAGCAGAAGAAACAAGACAUCCUUAAAAAAUUCAUGGCUCAGCAUCCAGAGAUGGAUUUCUCUAAGGCUAAAUUCAGUUGA